CUGCCAGAAGGCUUUCUAUGUAUAUUUCUACCAUUGUUUUCUUGUAUUUAUUCGUUCUUUAGGUCAAGAUUACUUAGCCAUCUAACCUCGGGGGAAAACGGCCUCCACAAUUGUAGCCAUGUCGCCUUACGAAGAAUUUCGUGAAUGUGAAAAUGGCAUUCUUCACGAGCCAGAAAGUCCAGCCGGGAUACGCCCAACAAUAAUCGAUACAGAUGGAUCGACCCUAUACGAAAAGCAAUUCUUCCCCCUUCGCACUGCAAUUAUCGAGCGUAAUGAUACAGCAGCUUUGAAGAAGUAUUUGGAAAACGCCCCUUGGGCUAUCAAGAGAGGUCAUGCUCUCGGCAUGUAUUAUGACCCGUUUAUUGUCGCAGCUCGACACGAGAGUAUUGACGCGCUCAAAAUACUCUUGGAUCACUACUCUAACUUCAUGAAGCCCAGUGGGAGAACUGAUCUUGAUGGCCGUUGCUGUCGAGUGUUGAACACGGCAGCUCAAUGUGGCCGACUUGAGGCAGUCAAGCUUCUGCUCGAUCACCCUCUUCUUGACGCUGAUAUCCACUAUAAAUAUAAUGGAUUCACUCCGAUCAUGGCAGCUACCAACACUUUUGAUUGGAAAGAUAAUAUUGAGGGAAAAAAAGCGGUCAUCGACUGGUUGCUUGAUCGAGGCGCCCGUGCUUCUGACGUCGAAUACUCGUGGGACAGCUUUCUUGACCCCAUUACUGGCAAGUACAUAGCAAAGCAGGUUCCAGUUUUUACGGUCUUGAACCUGGCUGCAGGGUGGGCAGGGGCUGAUUUGACGCAACGCCUCAUUAAGAGUGGCGCUGAUCCUGACAUCAAGCUAAGAGAGGAUACAGAGGUCACAUCUCGCGUGGAUAUAACAAUCAUCUCUACCGCCAGUCGAUAUGCGAAUGUUGAUGCCCUUACAAUCCUGCUUGAUUGCGCAAACAGAGCCGGACAUGUGGCAGACACAGUAUCUUAUCGCGAUAGUUGGGGAAACAUGGCCCUCCACUGGGCUUGUCGAGUAUCAAUAGAAGAAGAUCCUCGGGAGGUGGCUGAAAAGAUUAUGGCGGAGAAAGUGCAACGAAUCAUCACGAUUCUUGGCCUGCUGUUGGACUGCAACCCAGAGACGAUCAAUUCACAGGAUAUUUACGGAAAUACUCCCCUACACUAUGCAGCCAUGAACUACAGCAAUUACGGACAUGAGUACACGGCUAUCUUUCAGUAUCUUUGUGACAGAGGUGCUGAUGCCAGUAUUCGCAACAAGAAGAGCGAAACAGCGUUGCAUAGUCUAUGUUCCUAUGAUGGGGGACUGCCAAUCGAUACAGCCGCUAUCGAAAUUCUUUUCGGUCACGGAGCAAAGGUUACAGAUACAGACGACAAUGGUAAUACGCCACUGCACUCGGCAGUCAAGAAUCUAGAGAAUCUUGAUGCCAUCGAAUUUCUGCUUGAUCAUGGUGCAGACAUAGGUGCAAAGAAUCUGAAAGGAAAUACGCCUCUCCAUGAAGCUGCGAACGGGAUGUUUUGGCCUGGCGUAAUGAAAGAAAAGUACAAAAGCAUGGGUGACAUACUUCGAAGGCUUCAAGGCGAUGAAGGAUGUCUGGUGGAUAAGCUAAAUGCAGAGGGAAAGUCUGCUCGACAGAUCCUGAAUGAAGUGAGGAAGGACUUCCAAGAGAAAAUGGAUGAUAUUGAAAACGAAAGAAAGCUGUGGAAAUCUGAAAUAUGGAAGAAGUGAGACGAAAAACAACUUGGUGGCUUGUUUCAUAGAAGAGCCUUUUAAAAGCUAGAGACUGUGGUAUUUGAGCAGGGAUGCCACCGCUAUUCUCUGUAGAAAUUAC